AUGCAUAGUUCACCAGUGUAUUUAACAUUGCCACAAAUUGACAAAUUACGACGUGUACUAACGCCAACAAUUCCUAUUUAUCCAUCGCCGCCAACAUCGACGUUUCCAACAUUACACAUAACUCCACGAGAUUUUCUUCGGCGAGUAUUAUUGAAAUUGAAUGAACAUUCAAUUGAUAUAUCGGACAUUCGUUUAUAUGGCGGUGCAGCAUCAUAUGUUCUUGUUAAAGAUUCAGACUUUGUUUAUCGUGAUAUUGACAUUUUAUUUAUUGUUAAAACACCAUUAUCGUCUCAACAGCAAACAACAUUAUUCUCAUCGAAUAAUGAACCUUAUCUCUGUGAUCUAUGGACAAUAAUUAAAUAUAUUGUAUCAUCGUGUUUAAUUGAACAUAUACCAACUGCAUCCACAUGUUCACAAUACUUUAUAUCGUCUGUACUCGAUACAUAUGCAAAGAAGAAUAUUAAAAUAAGUUCCGAACAAGAUUCAUGGGCUUUAUUAUCGUUACAGAAUUUAUUGGGACAAAAUCUUGAAUUGAAAUUUGUUGAAAAUAUUAAACGGCAAUGGCAAUUCAGCGUUGAUUCAUUUCAAAUCGAUCUUAAAUCAGUAUUAUCAGAUAAAAAUGUCAAUCAAUUAUCGAAUCCUGAAUCUAUAACAAAAAAGGUUCAAACAAAAAGUUUGGUCAUUGACGCUAUUAAUGGUAUUACUAUUCUUAAGAAUAAAGUUGAAGAUCAAAAUACAAGUACAAGUCCAAUACAAUUUGGAUCUUUUUCACCAACAUCAUCACGCAAGAUGAGUGAACAUGAUAGUACUAUAAAUUGCCAAACACUUGCAACAAUAACAACUAUUCCAGCGUCGAAAAAUCAAAAACCAUCGACUGAAUCCCGCGUGCGAACAUUAAAUCCAUCGGAAUCAACAGUCGACGAUGAUAAAUUAAAUUCAGUUGUUCAAUUUCAAAUUACGAUUAAUGAAGAUGUUGAUGAUGGAAUUGAAGUCGAUGCCGAUGAUUCUCCUAAUGAAGAUGAUGACCAAGUAUUUUGUACAUCACCAAUGGCAAUGGCACCUGUAUCGACAAGCUUGAUUCAAGUCUAUUCUGUUUAUAAGAAUUUACAUCAAGCACUUGAACAUUUGAAUAAUAAAUUAAUUGCUACAUAUGAACCUGAAACAAUGCGCGGUGGUGGUUUAUUAAAAUAUUGUGAUCUCUUAGCUCGAAAUUAUAAGCUUUACGAUGUUGCCAUAAUGAUUCAUAUGCAACGAUAUAUGUGUUCGAGAUUUUUUAUUGAUUAUAAAACAAUUCCAGAACAAAUUCAUGUUAUUGCUCAAUAUGUUGCUACACAUUUUCUACCAUCAACAAUCAUAAGUAAUUUACAUAUAACGAAUAAUCUUAAUGAAAUAUUACAACGUCGUUAUUAUCAACAAAAUCAAAUGAUAAAUUCAAAAUAUGAUUCAAAACAAAUUGAUCAAAUCGAUUUAAUUAAUGCUCGUUUAUGCUUAUUAUUUUUUGAACAUUUAGCAGCAAUUAUACAGCAGAGUACUGUUUGUUUAACUCAUGAAGAUAGAGAAUUAUUAUUAAUUAAUAUCCAUUAUCUUAAAGACUAUUAUCAUUAUGAAUAUGAACAUUUAUUUGUUGGAGAUAAUCAGCAUUUUCAAAAAUAUCAUAAUUACAAUAAUAUGCAUCAUCCUUGUACAAAUUCAUCCUCGAAUUCAAGUCGAUCGACAUCACCAUCUAGUUCAUCGACAAAAUCAUAUUGGAAUUAUCGUGUUAGCAAUAAUUCCCAUCGAAGUCAUUAUGUACAGAAACAAUCAAAUAAUUAUUUCUAUCACGGACCUAGAACCUAUAGCGAACAACAAACAGUAUAUCGUCGAAAUCAAUCCUGA